AUGCGGGAGGCUGCGGGGGUUAUCUGUACUCUUGCCCUUGUUGCGGGGGCGGCAAAAGCUAGCUGGAGCUCUCCUUAUGGCGGUAAUGCAGGAGGAGAGCUGCAGGCUUUUGUGGCAGCAGCAUCCGAAGCAGCAGCAGCAGAAGCAGCAGCAGCAGAAGCAGCAGUAUCACCACCAGCAGCAGAAGACGGAGGCUUUCUUGAAUCGCUCCCCCACACACAUGUUGACUUGCCUAUCGAUGUAGAGCCGUCUCGCUUUUCUGCUGCUGCUGCUGCUGCUGUUGACAGCGGCUUUCCUGCUGCUGCUACAGGAAAGGUUCGAGGGGUAAAGACAGCGGGUAUCGGCCUUCUUGUUCUCAUUGCUGCUCUUGCAGCUGGACGGAAGCGUAGACAAAGAAGUGAAGAAGGCAGUCAAGACAAAGACGAGCAGCAGCUAACGCAGCGUGACGAGCCUUCGCAAACACCUGCUGCUGCUGGUUUAGCAGGUGUUGUUGCUGCUGCUGCUGCAGCACUUGUUCUGUCGGGGUUGGUGGAAGUGCUGAUUUCCUUUAGUCAGAGGCGCGCAGCUUCAGAAGGCCCCAGGGCAUUGAGUGGUUUUCUUCAGGUGCUGCUGGCUGCUGCAGCUGCUGCUGCUCUCGUCUUUGCCAGCAGCAGCAGCAGCAGCAGCGGCGGCGGCAGCAGCAGCAGCAGCAUAACUGCAGCAAGCCAGGGACAGAAGCUGCUGCAGCAGCGGGAGCUUAGGGUGUUCCCAGCUGUCUUGGCAGUUGUGGGUCUUCUGCUGCUUUUAAGGCGGUUUAUCUCUAGGAGAGCAGCAAAGAAGCAGCAGCAGCUGCUGCAGCAGGAGGGAGAUCAGGCGUUUGGCUUCGAGGAGUAUGAAGUAGCAGAAGCAGGUGACUCUGCUGCAGCAGCAGCAGACCUUCUUCACCCCGUUGGAGAAGGUAGCCCAGGGAGCUCUGGAGCUGCUGCUGCAGCAGGCGACACUGCAGCAGCAGCAGAAGGUGAGGGCGCAGCAGAUGCCUCAGGGGAGCCGCAGGAGCAGGGUGUGCCUGCAGAACACGAGCAGCAGCAGCAGCAGCAGGUUGAGCGCAAGGGUAUGGAGGCAAAGGAGGGGGAGAUUGACUGGGAGAGUGUCUCCGGUGUCUCUACACCUGAAGAUGUGUUGCCUUUAAACGCCAAAGAGCAGCAAUCGUAUAUGAUACGACUGGGGAGGAUAUUUCGUGGGGCCCCUACAGAGACACUGGGAGACACAAGUGCAGCAGAGACAGCAGCAGAAACUGCAGCAGAAACUGCAGCAGAAAGAGCGGCAGAGACAGGGCGAGGCGCCCAAGAAAGAGGAGCAGCAGCAGACACAGCAGCAUUAGCAGCAGCAGACACAGCAGCAGAAGUCUCUCCUGAGGGCUGGGGUUUGCUGCUAGGACAGCCAGACAGAGACAGCUGGCCUUUCUACAGCCCCACACCCCACCAAGGUGGAGAUACACCAGAAGAGGAGACAUAG